AUGAAUCAAUAUGAUUAUCUGUUUAAAUUUAUUAUGAUAGGAGAUACAGGUGUAGGAAAAUCGUGCAUGUUACUGAGAUUUGUAGAUGAUAGAUUUAGGGAAGAUUAUGAUGCAACUAUUGGAGUAGAAUUUGGUUCUAAAAUUAUAGAUGUUGCCAAUUUAGCUAUAAAGAUUUAGAUUUGGGAUACAGCAGGAUAGGAGUCAUUUAGAUCAAUUACACGCUCCUAUUAUAAAGGUGCAAUAGGUGCUGUAGUUGUUUUUGACAUUACAAAAAGAAGUUCUUUUGAUAAUUUACCCAAGUGGUUGCAUGAUAUAAAAGAAUAAGGAAAGGAAGAAACUUUUGUGUUAAUAGUGGGAAAUAAGUUUGAUUAAAUGUUGCAGAGAGAAGUAUCUUAACAGGAAGCAUCAGAAUUUGCAGAAUAAUAAGGUUUUAAUUAUGUUGAAGUUUCUGCAAAAAGCGGUGAUAAUGUGAAUAAAAUUUUUAACAUUAUGGCCUAAGAAAUUUUAAGUAAAAUACAGUAAAAUCUAAUUGACUUCACAAAUGAAAGUAGUGGCAUCAAAGUUGGUUCAAAGAAAACUGCUCCACUAAAUGAUUAUAAAAAUAAAUAAUAAAAUAAAGAUUAGAAUUUAUUGUAAAAAUAAAAAAAAGAUAUAGAAAAUAAUGGCGGUGAUAGUUAAUAAGAAUAGUAAUCUUAUUGUCAAUGCUGA